GGUCACCGUCACCGUCUGUUCGCACGAAGGUCAUGCUUAGUCGUUGCUUUGUCGUCCUGACUACCCCGGAAGCACUUCCUCCCCCCCAAAGCAACGCUUUCCGUCAUGCAUAGCUCUAGAGUGGUGUUGCCAGUCUGAAUUGGGACGACGGCACCGGGACGCGAGAGGCACUAAAUCGCAUUGCUAUGCUUGGGACAUGCUUAAAAUCCCCCCCAAGCGCUCUCCUCUGGAACCAAAAACUUUCAUCGUCUCGAGUACUCUCGCCAGAUCUCGUCUUAUAUUCUCUCGUCGUAUAUUCUCUCGUCGUAUAUUCUCUCGUCGGUAAAAAAAAACCAAAAAACCCAGGGCCAUUCUUAUGUGCUCGGCAUCGUCCUCGCCUCACCACUCCCUCACACCCCGUCAUGACGCAGUUGAAGAAGCUCCUUAUACCCCUGGCUCUUGCCAGCGGCGUGUUCAGCCAGGGGUCUGAUAAUACACGCAGCCUCGAGGAUCUCCUGAGGUCAGAGAAUGAAACUCUGGGAACCUUGAGCAGCGUUCUGGCCUUGCUCCCCGACAAUGUUCGCUCGUCUCUCAGUCAAGCCAGGGACGUCACCAUUCUAGCCCCGAACAACGACGCCUUCUCGCGCUUCCUCGCGUCCCAGAACGUGACCAGCCCCAACAACGCAACCCAGCUCGAUCCCGGCCUCGUGGCUGCCCUGCUCCAGUACCACGUCCUCAACGGCACGCACUACGCAUCGAACCUCACCAGCGGCAGCGAGGGCAUACAAUUCCUCGCAACCCAUCUCACCAACGAGACCUACGCCAACGUCACCGGCGGCCAGCGCGUCGCGUCCGUGCCCAGCUCGGACGGGCAAGACGUGACCUUCAUCUCCGGGCUCAAGGAGUCCGCCAAGCUCACCGACCGCCGCUCGCUCAACUACACCGGCGGCACCGUGCACGUCAUCGACAGCGUGCUCACCAUGCCGCCCAACGCCACCGAGACGCUCCGCGCCGCCAACCUGACCGCCGCCCUGGGCGCCAUUGAGCGCGCCGGCCUGGCCGACGAGGUCAACAGGAUGCGCGACAUCACCAUCUUCGUCCCCAGCAACGAGGCCUUUGCGGCCAUCGCUUCCCUCGCCGGCAAUCUGACCGAGCAGCAGCUGGGCAAUAUCCUGAGCUACCACGUGGUCCCCGGCCAGGUCCUCUACAGCAACACCCUCCGCAAUUCGACGGUGCAGGCUUUGAACGGCGGGAACUUUACCGUUCGGACCGACACUGACGGGUCCGUUUUUGUCAACCAAGCCAAGGUUAUCCAGCCUGAUGUCUUGAUCAAGAAUGGUGUUGUCCAUGUCGUUAACGGUGCCCUCAAUCCCGACAACCCGACCGCUACUCCCGAUACCACGGCUACCACCCAGGCCCCCGCCUUCACCGGAGCCUCUACCGUCGAGGGCGGUGCUAUCCCCUUCACUUCGGGCGUUGAAACCCCCACGUCCACUGCCCCCGUCGCUACGGGCGAGGGUCGUGACGCGGAAGGCCGGGAUGGCGACGGCGAGGGCGAGGGCAACGCGGCGGCAUCGCUGGUUUCCGCGGCCGUGGCUGGCUCUGCCCUGUUCGGGGCAGGCCUGGUCGCCUUCAUCAAUAUGUAAGCUGGGCAUAAUAAUACCGAGAGCUCGACAUUUGUACCGGAUUACAAAAAUAGGGGGGGGGCAAUGUGAAAAGGAGACCUUGAUUGCCUGGCAAAUUCUAUCCGGAUCGGUUGUUGUUAAUCGCUGACUGUGUCCUACUGAAGCUACCUAGGCGGCUGUUAAUAGUGUGAGCUGCGAACUGUCUGAGGACAGGAUAAUACUACAUUUUGAUGCAUUUAUUCACUGUAUUCACUGAAAGGCCCUCGUUUCAUUGUGGUCAACCUUUGAAAACUACAGACGAUCGAAGGACAAUCCUGUAUCGACCUGUCCACAAACUCGAGGAAGGUGACCCCUGGCCAAGAUGGCGAAAAGCUUGGAAGCGGAAGAUGUUCCUGCAGACCCCAAGUUCAAGCUGGGUCAUCGCGUCUAUCUGUAGAAGAAAGAGAACUCAAGCGGUCCUCGGACGCAGGUGUCGCAUUUCCAAACCGCC